AUGAUUAAUUCAAAUAAAUGGCGAAUUGUGUGCAGGAAAGUUUUUGUUUUCUUCUUUUCUUUAUUCCUUUUCUUCUUCGAUUACAUUAUUCUCUACCUAAUUCUUUUGGACUCCUUCUCCAGCAAUAACAUCACCUAUUCUUCCUUUUCUCUUUGUUUUCCUCUCAAUCUUUCUCUUCUUCCUCCUUCAACACAACAUUGUUCUCUUCUAUUUCCCUGUCUCGUCUUCUUUCUUUUUCACGCGUGUUUGACUCUUAUUAAUUUUAAACCUCUUUCUCUCCACUUCCUCUACUUUUCCUCUUUUGUUUCUCCUUCGUCUCUUUCUUCUUCCCUUCUGCCUCUUCCAUUUUUUUCAUUUUCCUAUUUCAAUUGCUUUUCCUCUUUCUCUUCUGGUCGCUUUUCUCUUCUUUUUUCCUUAUUUUCUUGCCUUUUCCUCUUAUCCUUCAGCUUUUACUUAUUUACUGAUAGGCCUUAUUCACAUUCUCUUAAUCUCAACCUGUUUCUUUUUCUUUCUUUCAUUUCCUCUCUCUUCUUUUCCCACAUUUUCUCUUCUUAUUUCUCUCAUUUUGCUCUCUUAACUUCUGCACAUUUCCACCCGUUUCGCUUUUUCCCUUUUUACAUUUCUUCCUCUUCCUUCUACUUUAUCUUCUUCCUGAUUUCGUCCUUUUUAUGUCCCCUCCACUACUUUAUUGUUCUUUUCCUUUUCAUCUUUCCCCUUCCUUUUUUUCCCCCAUUUUUCGUUUUCUUGAUUCAGUAUUUCGUCUUUUUUGUGCUCCUCCUUCGCCAACGGCUUCUUUUAUUUUUCUUCUUUCUCGUUUACUUAAUUCUUUUCUGCGUUCUCUUCUUCAUAAUUCCAUCUUAUUUAACAUUCUCCUCUCCUCCCCUUCAUUAUUCUCUUACGAUUUUGCUUCCCCCUCUAAUUCUUCCACAUCUCAUCUUUUAUUUCAACGCUACCUACUCUUCUUUUUUUCUCUUCCUCUUCCCUUUGUUUUCUUCAAUUUUCUCUCAAAUUCACCCUUUUUUUCUCUUUUUCUCGUCUUACACCACGAUCUCAUUUCCCUUUUCUCUUCCUUCUCCUGAUUUUCGAUCAACUUUCCGUUUUUUGAAAUCCAUUCAUCUUCUACAAUUUCUUUUUUUAAGUUCGUUCAUUUUUCUAAUGUUUGUCCUUUUUCCUCUUCUUUCUCUUCUCCAUUUCUUCUCUUCUUUCUUACUUCCUCACCUCGUCUCUAAUUCGCUAUCCAUCGUACUCAUCUCUGGCCUCGUUCUCUAUUUUCUGCUAGCGUUUCUUUCUUUGCCUCACUCGCUUCCGUUUCAUCUUUGCCCUGAAACUUUUCUUUUAACUUCUCCAUUCUUUGCUCUUUAUUUUUCUUUCUUCUACCUUCCAUUGCACAGCUCACGGGCACUUAUUUCUUCUUCUUCUUCUGUUCAUUUUAUUUCCUAA